UCCAGUUCCCCAUCGAGGGAGAAUUCUCGGUUAGUUUCGGGAUUUGAAACAAGAUCAGAUAUUUUCUUGCUUGAAGUAGCCUGGAUGCCCUGGUCUAAAGGGGGGUUUGGCUGGUUGGCAUGACAUGGUCUGAUCCACCGUGGAGUCUUCACACUUUCUUUUGUCAAUUUUGAUAUUAUCACUCUUCCUCUGACCUCAUUCAGUGACGCACUCCAGCUGUCCAUUGUCUCAUUCUUCUGGUGAGAGGUCAUCUGGAUCACUUCAACUCUUAAUCUCACUGCAGUAUCGACAUGACCCAGUUCGUGAACACCAUCGAAGCCCACGACCCCGAUAGGGAGAUUGUGCCUACAUUCGACUCUCAUGAUGCGGAUUUGGAGAAGCAUGAACAGACAGGGGAGGAAGUAGAUGCGUUUGGAAAUGAGGAGUUCGCAGAGGUGAAAUAUAAAGUCUUGAGCUGGUGGCAAUGCAGCAUGCUCAUGGUCGCCGAAACGGUCUCGCUCGGUAUUCUAUCGCUUCCAGCUGUCGUGGCUGCGCUGGGAUUUGUGCCCGGUAUGAUCAUCAUCGUCGGACUCGGAAUCAUCGCCACCUACACCGGAUACAGCAUUGGACAGUUUAAAUGGAGAUAUCCCCAGGCGCACAGUAUGGGUGACGCGGGUGGCAUCAUUGCAGGACGAUUUGGUCAGGAACUGCUCGGAAAUGGUCAACUCUUGAUUCUCAUCUUCAUCAUGGCCAGUCACCUCCUGACAUUCAGCGUGGCCAUGAACACCAUCACUGACCAUGGAACUUGCUCGAUUGUCUUUGGGGUGAUUGGGAUGGUUGUCUCGUUCAUCUGUUGCUUGCCUCGGACAUCCGGCGAGAUGUCCUGGCUUUCGGUUGGGUCCUUUUUCAGUAUUCUGAUUGCUGUGAUCGUGGCCAUGAUUGGUAUUGGCGUCGACAACAAAGGUGGCACAAAUAUCCAAGCGACAGUCGACACCACCCUGGCCGAUGCUUUUAAUGCUGUUUGCAACAUUGUCUUUGCUUUUGCGGCCCAUGCGUGUUUUUUCGGUUUCGCUUCCGAACUAAAGGACGUCAAGGAAUUCCCCAAAUCGCUCUUCAUGCUUCAAGGAAUCGAAAUCUGUCUUUACAUUGCGGCUACUGUCGUCCUCUACUACUACGCAGGCGCCGAUGUCGCGUCUCCAGCCCUCGGCUCUGCUUCUCCCAUCGUCCGCAAAGUGGCAUACGGUAUUGCCCUUCCAACUAUUCUCAUUGCCGGUGUGGUCAAUGGCCAUGUCGCUGCUAAAUAUGUUUAUGUGCGCAUCUUCCGAAACAGCGAUCGUAUGCACAAACGCGACUUUGUGGCUGUUGGUUCGUGGGUUGGCAUUGGGGCGUUGCUCUGGAUUAUCGCCUGGGUUAUUGCGGAAGCUAUUCCCGUUUUCCAGAAUCUGCUGAGUUUGAUCGCUGCUUUAUUCUCUAGCUGGUUUACCUACGGCAUCGGUCCUAUUCUGUGGCUCCACCUAAACAAGAACAACUACUUCACUUCCUUCAAGCAAGGCGUGUUGACCAUCAUAAACGUUGCUAUCAUCUGUAUGACUGCCACCAUUUGCGGCGUUGGCCUCUACGCAUCCGGAAAGACCCUCCACGACAACCCAAGCAGCGCAUCGUUCUCGUGCGCAAAUAACGCUUAACGACUCUGUGUUUUUCAACUUAUCUGUAUAAGCGAGUUAUGUUGAGCAUGGCACAUGUAUGAUUUUCAGAGUAUAUUGUGAUGACGAUGUGAUUGUUAAUAGAUCUGUUUAUUGUAUAUAAUUCCAUGUCGAUAUCAAGGGGAGUUUUAUAAUAGAUAGAUAGCGUUGGUUUUACUUCAUCAGUCUUGAAAUAGUUAGCUGCAUAUAAUUCAUGAGUUUCGUAUC